GAGCAGUGAGCGCUUUACGUCAACUCAGCCUUUGUGGUGAUGAAAAACAAGCAACUCAAGUAGGGCGCACAAGUACUGAGACAAAUGUUCAAAGUUUCUGCUCUGCCAGAAUACCACCUAACUAGGUCAAUGGCCUCUUUAAGAUGUGACACUCUUGCAACAAAGAUCAGUUUAGGCAGGCAAGUGGAGCUAAGCAGGUGUGAGGAAAUGUUGCGCAAGAAAACGAUGCUAAAAAACUUUGUCUUUGGAUGGUGUCUUGAUAAGAAUGUCAUUCUGGAAAAGGUGCAGUGAGAAAAUGUUCUUGCUCUUCAUUUGGCUGCCUUAAAUCUGGACACAGAUGGAUGAGCUGCUGCAUGGGUCCUCUGGUUUCAGAGAGAUGAGCUGAGAUGAAUCUCUUGUUAUCCAGUUGGAGAUGCAUUGUCAUGCUGCUCUGUUUUUCCAUCAGCGGCUUUCCUCUUCUCCCUGCCGACUGUAUGGAUAUUAUCCCUCUGGGUUAUCUGACAGCGGAGCCAGGCACGCUGUUCCUCAUGGGUUCAAAUCUGACUGUCUACUGCCACGUCUUUAAAUGUGAACCCAGAUGCACACUGUACCUGGAGCUGAACAAUCGGGGAGUAACUCUGUCCAGAAAUAUGAACUGCACCACCACAGUAUUCUAUCUGCGUGAGGUGUGGACGCAGCGGUCAAAGGUGGUCUGCACCAUGGACUGCAAAAAGCAGUCUGUUCGGGAAGUUGUCAGUGGUCUGGACUUAAAGGCUGGAUUUCCUCCUGAUAAGCCUACAGAUAUUAGCUGUGAAACGACAAAGAGCUGGGACUCCAUUAACUGCUCACUGAGGAGAGGACGAGACACAUACCUCCGUACUCUAUUCAACAUUUCAGUCCACAGAGAGAAUGAAACAAUUUUCAAUGUAACCCAGAAUGGUGAGGAAAUCAGCAUACCACGAUCAAUCAUGGAUGAAAACACUGAAUACACGCUGACCGCCACUGCUUACAACCACUUUGGAGCAUCUCGCUCAGACCCCUUCAUCUUUUCUGUGAAGGACAUAGUGAUACCAGAGACCCCUCGUAUAGUGAGGAUGGAGUUUAUGAAUGACUCCACAUCAGCAGAGCUACAGUGGGAAUCUUCUGAGUCUUCAAUGGACUUCAUCCUCCAAAUCAGGCUCCUUGCAAAUAACAGCACCUCGGAGUACAGAGAGGUAGCAGAGUUCAGCGAGGGUCUGAUACGACUGGAGAACCUACGACCUCUGACUGAAUAUCAGUUCCAGAUCAAAACCUGCGCCUCAAAAUCAAGACAGGCGCAAAGAUCUCUCUGCAGCAAAUGGAGCCCUUCUGUGAGGAAGAAGAGUCCAGGGAAAGGGCCAUCUCAGCAGCUACAUGUGUGGAGAAUGAUAGGAAAACAGACCAAUGGGCUGAAGAAUGUGACCGUUUUCUGGAAGCCUCCGUCAUUCGAGGAUUACAGUGGCGAGUUGAAGAUGUACAGCAUCUAUCUGGAUAAAAGCCAUAAAGAGUGUGCUGCUGCCUCCAACCAUUGUUCAGUUCAGGCACCAGAGGGGCUUCGAGCUCUGAGCGUCUCGGCUAUAACCUCCUAUGGGGCGUCUCCACCUGCAGUUGUAGACCUAAGACAUGCAGGUGCUUCUGGAGCCUCUUUGGGAAAGGUGGCGUCUAUGGCAGACGGUAGCUCUGUUCAUGUCUCCUGGUCUUCAACAGUUGGAAAGGAUCUUCUGUAUUUUAUAGUAGAGUGGAAGAGCGAGCCUGCUGAUGUGUUGCAGUGGAAAAAGGUGGACAAACAUAUAAAAGGCACAACAAUCACAGGUUUGAUGGCGGGUGUGAUGUACAACCUCUCUUUGUAUUCUGUGACCAGCAGAGGUGUCAGUGAUCCAGCAUCCAGACUGAUCUACUCCAAAGAACUGAAGCCACUUGCAGCUCCCAUGUUCCACAUGGAAGAAAAGAACGGACAGAUUCUGGUCCGCUGGGACGAGCUGCCCUCACACCAGCAAAGGGGCUUCAUCACCAAGUACACAUUCUAUUGGCAGACACCGGACUCCAACAGCAGAGAGCUCAGUGUGAUGGUGUCUGGAUCAAGCCAACGACAGAUAUGGCUGGACUGUCCAGGAGGACUUAAGGCCAUACAGAUGACAGCCUCAAACUCAGCUGGAGAAGGGCCUCAAAGAAAAGGGACCAUUAUUCCCCCUCCAGAAACAACUGUCCGCCUGGUGGUUGUGAUUUUGUUCACCAUGAUCGUAUUUGUAGCGAUUGUGGCCAACCUGAUGUGCUGGAGCUGCGUGAGGAAACGGAUUAAACAGAAAUGUAUAGCAUGGGGACCUAAAUGGCUCAUGGACAACUUGCCAAAACCGGGACACAGUAACGCCAUCAGACUGCUGGAGGAUGACAGAAGUGAGCCACUUUUCUCCACCAUCUAUAGCGACCCUCCUCUUUCGCCGAUCCUUGUGAUCUCUGAGGAGGAGGAGGAGGAGCGGGAUGAAGUUUACCCCGCCAUCCAUGUUGAAGAGUCCCUGGUUGGAUCUGACCAGACACCCGAUACCACAACAAUCCUGGUUCAAUACAGCAGCUACAAACCUCAGAUAGCUGCCCUGGUUCCUCUUGAAGAGGAGGCGAACAAUGCGGAGGAGGAACUAAGAGAUGUUCAAGAAAACACAGAGGAAGAUAGGUGUUUGCUUGGGUUUGAGGGAUUACUGGGAGAGCUUUUUUCUGAUAAGGAUUUGGAUUACUCCCAUAAUUCUCACCAGAUCCCCCUUUGCUUUACUGGGGAUCUUUUGCUGCCGAAAACCGCUGCAACAUCUACCCUUCAAGGAAUCCACUUAGAUGAGAUGGGCGGCAAGGAGGAGGAUGUGGAGAACAGUGUUUCUUCUGUGGACUUGCAGCAAGUUGAGAAAAAGACUCUUGAUUCGGAUGAUAGCUCAUCCUGCCCGUUUUCAGUUGACACAAUCCAGAGCAGCGGCUACUUCCCCCAGGUAGCGCCUCUCAGCGCCAUGACGGGGGAAACACUGAGGUAGCACGGAUGUUGGACAGACAAGAAUUGGACUUUAAGUCCAUUUUAAGAGCAUUAAAAAAGCACAAAGUUUGGUGGAAAAGAUACCAUGGUACCAAUGAACUGCACGAAUAGUUGGGGACUUAACUGUGAGUUGGCUUCUUUCUUAUCCUUAUUAAUGGAUAUACAGCCAUAUCUGCUUCACUGUGCAAUUUCACUCAGCCCUGAUUAUAAAAGAUAACAAGAGGCCCCUCUCCCUUGCUUUUUCUGACUUCACCUCAGCAGACCCAACUGUGAAACUCCUGAGGUUCACAGAUGAUGUCUCCAUCAUUGUUCUGAUCCAGGUCAUCGAUAAGGAGGAAACAUCUGGAGUGCAUCCCAUUUGAGACAAUGGAAAUGCUGUUGGACUUUGAAAAGGAAAU